UCUCUUUAACCCUGAAAUCCUACCAUCCAUCAAGAUCUUGUAAUUAUUUUAAGACUUUCUUCAGUCUGAUUGGCUAUCGGCGAUGCUAUAAGCUUUUAUUUUGAAGGCUUAAGCUUAAUUAAAGAGCACGUACAACAAUUAAAGGUGUCCGUAUUUCUCGAAUUUAGUGCUUCGUUCGAACGCGAAAAGACGGAGUCCGGGCGAGUUCAAGAAGCCAGCCCGCUCAUUUUGUUCUCCAAGAUAACAGCAACGUACCAAGACUGAUAGUCACUCCUAAAGCGUGGAAGCCGAGUAACGCGACGAGAUGCCAAAGAAUUCUUCUUACUUUCUCAACCAAUCCAAGGCUGACGAACAAGAUGGCUGGGCCAGCAGUUAUUUCGUGCCUGCUUAUGAUAGCAGUUUAAUAGUCCUGUGCGUCGCCAUUAUUUGUGUCAAUACGUUGGUAUUGGUGUUGUACAGCAAAAGAAGACAAUUACGAACAAAAACAAACACUUUACUUGUUAGUUUGGCCACGUCUGAUCUUCUCAUGGGACUGUUUGGAGUACCGUUUUUUAUUGCCUGUAAGGCCUUUCUCAACGGAGACGUCUGUAUCGUCCAAGGGGUCGUAUUUCGAUUUAUUGCAGUCUCGACAAUGUUCCACAUCCUUGCCAUUACAGCAGAACGAUAUUUUUGCGUGUUACACCCCAUGCAAUAUAUCAAUAUCGUCACAGGCAAGAGAAUACUGCGAGUUAUAGCAUGCAUCUGGGCGAUAUCGCUUUUUGUCGCCCUAAUUCAACUGUCCUGGGUUUUACCUUUUGGUUAUUUCUCAGACAACGAAAUAAAAUUCACUGCGUCCUUGGCUUACAACUGCGUCGGAUUAGUGGUCUGUUUUGCAAUACCGUUUUUGGGAAUGGUCGUCUUCUACACCAGAAUGUUUAUCACAAUUCACAGGCAGGUUCAGAAGAUCAGAAGGCAAAGCGUGGUUCUGGACUUCGCGACAUCCUCUUCCAACUUUCGUUCAUCUUACAGGCAGCUACGAGCUCUCGUAACCUUCACUAUCAUGCUUGGACUUUUUGCAGGAUCUUGGAUCACGUGGUAUAUCAGUAUACUGCAAAUAUACGCCAACGUGCAAUUUUUCCCUGAGGUAUCCAUGGUGAUAUUUGAUUUCCUCAGAGUUGGUGUGUCACUCAUCAAUCCACUGCUGUAUACCUUCUUAAAGAAUGAUUUCAGAGAAGCACUCGUGUCUUUUCUCAAGUGUAGAAGAACAGGUUUCCAAGAUUUCAGCAGCCAAUCCACUGCGACAACUUCACAGUGGAGACAGCGUCACAGCGGCUUUGAAUUAAAUAGAACAAAACACUAAUUGAAGAACUCAUUAUUCCUUCUGUUAGCCUGGGGACCAUACAAGGCGGAAUGCGAAUUUAUGACCUUAUCACCAGCUUGUUAUACUGACUGAGUUGCCAGGCCAGACCAUAGUUAGAGAGGAGAAUGGUGACCGAGGAGGCAGCGUGGCCGAGUGGUUAGGGCUCCUAACUUGAAAUCCGGAGGUCGCGGGUUCAAGUACCU